UGGCGAGGUGGUACUAUUGUCCCGGGUUAAGUUCUCAAACAACCUACCGGCAGCACCACAAGUCCACAACCCACAAAGGUUCAGCCCAGGGCUACUACCACUGCCACGGGCCGCUUACAGACUUGAGUUUAGGCCCAUCCUUUUGACCUCACCCCUCGCCUCUCCACGCCACGCACAGUGACAGACACACCGGAGUGAGUCGAGUGACUGACUGGGAGGGAAAGCGGACGAGCGACCAAGGCGGGUCGACGGCGGCCUGAGGCCCGCGCGUGCCCCCUCCAUUGCCCCCCGUCAAGGUAACAGCCAUGAAGGUCAAAAUUCUUCAGUGGCAUGCGGUGGCUUCUUGGACAUGGGACGCACAGGAUGAGACAUGUGGCAUAUGCAGGAUGGCUUUUGACGGCUGCUGCCCUGAUUGUAAGUUCCCUGGUGAUGAUUGCCCAAUCAUUUGGGGUGCCUGCAACCAUGCUUUCCAUCUUCACUGCAUACUCAAGUGGGUCAAUUCUCAAACAUCAACCCCCCUUUGCCCCAUGUGCCGUAGGGAGUGGCAAUUCAAGGGCUAAGGACAUCUCAAACUAUGUCAGUACCAGAAGUUUUCAUAUCUCCUCGUAGGAAACUAGAAUGAAUGUGUAACUGGAAUGUAGUUGGGUUAUCUUGUAAGUGCCCUUUCAUACUUUCUGGAAAUCAGGAUGGUCGGUAUCUUUUAAGUAAAGCUGUGAGACCUUUGAGCCACAGCUAUUGUGUCUUUGCAAGUUGUGAUCAUACAAAUCCAAUGACUGACUUUGAAAAGUCAGCAGCCUGAGAUUGUGACAUUUUUUCUUGUUCAGCUUUUUACCUACAGAUGGCCUCCCAUGUAGUAAUUUGAUUCUGAUUGGAUAGUAUAUACUGUAGAUAUAACAACUAGCUUGUUCUGCUAGACUUACAUUCAUUUUAACAAUGACACAUAUAUCAGCAGGUUUUAAGUUCUUGA